AUGCUCUGUCGUAACGUCUCAAGGUCCUACAGUGCUCGUAGGCGCUGCCGGCCUUCUGUGUGUGUCGCGUUCGGCGCCUUGCUGGUCGAACCCCCGCAGGCAGCGUACCUUCGCCGUUGCGCGGUCUCCUCAAGGGCAACAGCAACGGCUGCCUCGCUCAGCAGUGAUCACGCGUCGCUGUCUGUCUGCAAGCGCUGCGAGCACACUACCACCAUUGCAACGCCUCCAGAAAGGGUUUUGACAACAAAGGAGCAGGUCGACGAGCUGAUGGACUCGUUCGCGGAGGCUUGCGAGCUGAUUACCGAUGCGAAAGAAAGCGUCGGCACAACUUACUUCGCGGACGACAUGGAGGACGCGGAGAAGCAGACGCACGAUGUCUUGAACCGCUGGGAGAGCCUGCAGGCAGCGCUGGAGCGCAAGGGGACCGCAGAGGAGCUGCAGAAGGUUCGCAACAUGUACGAUCUAAAGAUCAAGCAGCUGAAGGCAGAGCUCGAGGCGGUGCGUGAGGCUGGCGGGGCCGGGUAA